AAGAAGGCACAAUGCGGUGAUGGGUUAUGCACAACGUGUCUCCUGCAUAAAUGUUACGCGUGUAUUAAAUAUAUGUUAUCAUUACUGCGUCUUUUGUCAAGUUGGUUUAAUUGUGAAUUCUGUAGUUCUGUUACGUUUAAACACGUAUUUAAAUGCAACCAUGUUUUCAAAAAGUAAACUUUGAAGAGUUACGUCAUAAAGCAUCAUACUUGAAGAAUCCACUUUGAUCACAGCAUGGAGGAGAAACAAUCUCGUGCCAGAGGUCGAGCAAGAGGAAGGGGACGCGUUCCACCACCUGAAGGUGGUGAUGGUUCAAGACCGCCACCCCCCCGUACAGUAGGAGCUGAAGCAAAGGUUGCACCAAGACCUGGCAUCCAUGGUGAACCAGCUUCGAUAGCUGCACCAGGAAGAGGUGUUCAAAGGGGAGCUAUGCGGACUAAAGAAUCUUCUGCAACGGGAGAAGUGGUUCGUUCAAUGGAGGCAAUGUCGCUACAGAAGCGAGAAGUCCCGAUGAUUGGAAGACGAAGCAAUUACGAUCCAUCAAUGUUCGAUCCAAGGACGAGACCAGAUCACAUUGUUAGCAAGCAAGGGGUUGGUGGUCAACCUAUUAAUCUUCAAUCCAACUUUUUCCCAUUGAGUUGCACAAGGCAGUGGUGUCUAUACCAGUAUAGAGUUGACUAUGCACCUGAGGUCGACCACAGAGGAGCGAGGAAAGGAAUGUUAAAAGAUCAUGAAGGCAUCAUUGGGAAUGUCUUCAUGUUUGAUGGAACAAUGUUGUUUACAACCAAGAAGUUGCCGGAUAAGGAAACAGUGGUUUACUCAAAGCGUCGAACGGAUGGAAGCAAUGUACAGCUUACGAUCGCAUUAACUAACGAGCUUCCACCCAGUUCCCCCAUCUCAAUACAAAUAUACAACAUUCUAUUCAGAUGGGUUCUUGAUAAGAUAGGCAUGAAGCAAGUUGGAAGGAACUUCUACAAUCCUUCCAUGUCAUUCACUGUGGAAUGCCAGAGGGUCAACUUUGAACUAUGGCCAGGAUUCAUCACAAGUAUUCUGCAGUAUGAGAAGAGUGUAUUGUUAUGUGCUGAGGUAUCCCAUAAGUUGAUGCGGAAAGAUUCGGUGCUGGAUAUCUUACGGCAGAUGUAUGGGGACUGUAGGCAACGUGGAAGAGAUUUUAAACAAGAGAUGGAAAAAUUCUUGGUGGGACAAAUUGUACUGACAAGAUACAACAAUAAGACAUACCGCAUAGAUGGGAUUGAAUGGAACUUGAAUGUUAAUAUGAAGUUUGAGCGAAAAUCUGGUUCCGUCUCGUAUGUGGAUUAUUAUAAAGAGCAAUACAACAUAGUGAUCCGAGAUACAAACCAACCUCUGCUUCUAUCUCGUCCUAAACAAUCAGAGAUUCGCAAAGGUGGAUUGGAGGUGGUUCAUCUUGUGCCCGAGUUAUGUACAGUGACAGGGCUUACUGAUGAGCUGCGAGCUGACUUCAAUACCAUGAAAAGGUUGGCAGUCUACACAAAACAAGGACCUACCAAGAGAAAACAAGCGCUGAAAAGCUUUAUACAACGAAUCACCACCAACACUGAGGUUGAAAAGAGAUUUGCAGAGUGGGGGCUUAGAUUUGAGGAUCGACUCUUGGAUUUAAAGGGAAGAGUUCUUGACUCUGAAACCAUAAUGUUUGGUGAUAAUAAGCAAGCACAGAGUAGAGAUGCAUCUUGGGAUCAAGAGUUCCGAAGACAGAGACUACUUAAGUGUAUUGAUCUUCAGGAGUGGGCCAUCCUGUUUUGCUCCAGAGAUAAAAGAUGUGCGGAGGAUUUUGUAGAGAAGUUGUUAAAAGUAUCUCGUAACAUGGGAUUCCGUGUUGCUCGUCCGACUCCUGUUGAGUUGGAAUCGGAUCAAAUGUUUCAGAAGAGGAUCAGGGAUGUAAUGGGGAGGAAUCCGAAGACACAGCUGAUAUGUUGUAUGAUGCCCAGCAGUAGAAAGGACAGAUAUGAAGGCAUCAAGAAAGUUUGUUGUGUGGAUAUGCCGGUUCCAAGUCAGGUUGUAUUAUCACGCACAUUAUCCAAACCACAGCGAGUAAUGAGCAUCGCUACAAAGAUUGCAAUCCAGAUGAAUUGUAAGCUUGGUGGUGAGGCAUGGGCUGUCAAGAUACCGUUGAAGGAAUGUAUGAUCGUAGGAUUCGAUACCUACCACGAUUCAUCACAGAAAGGAAGAUCCGUUGGUGGUUUUGUUGCGAGUAUUAAUUCAACUUACACAAGAUGGUACUCGAGUGUCACUUUCCAACAUUCAGGAGUUGAAUUAAUCGAUGGAUUGAAACGCUGCAUGAAAGGAGCAUUGCAGAAGUUUCAUCAGGUGAAUGGAAAACUACCCGCUCGUAUUGUCAUCUACAGAGAUGGGGUCGGUGAUGGACAGCUGGCUGUUGUGAAGGACCAUGAGAUACCACAACUACUUGAAUGUCUUAAGAUACCGCAGUAUAAAGGCUUCACUCCCAAUGUUUCUUUCAUCGUGGUUAAGAAGAGAGUUAACGCAAGGUUCUUCGCUGCUGGUCGCGACAGCGAACUAAUGAACGCACCUCCUGGCACGAUCAUCGAUGACACGGUCACAAGACCAGAAUGGUAUGAUUUCUUUGUGGUCAGCCAGUCCGUACGAGAAGGCACAGUCAGUCCAACGCAUUACAAUGUUGUAUAUGACACAUCAACACUCAAACCUGAUCACAUGCAACGACUCACUUACAAGUUAUGUCACCUUUACUAUAACUGGCCAGGAACCAUUCGUGUACCAGCGCCAUGUCUAUAUGCGCACAAGAUAGCAUUUCUGGUCGGACAAAGUAUUCAUGCACCUGUGUCUCCUACUCUAGCCGACAAACUUUACUUUUUGUGAAAAGUAAGAUGUCCAAAGCAAAGCAUGGAAGUACACAAACUAUUUAUUGAAAAGAAUUUCCCGAAACUAUUGAUUGUGUCUUAUUUCUUAAUCAUGCCUUCAUUUUAUUACAAAGGGUUCAAGGCCUUGGUUAAAUUUUGGAUUUUAAUUUCAAGUUUGAUUUUAUUAUGGACAAAUUUGAUUGAUUAUGUUUUAAAGCAACAUUUGAGUUCCACUUUUACGAUAUGUUUUCGUUUUAAUUUUUUAUGUUCUGUGAUAUUGUUGUGUUUCAAAUGUUCUUUUCUUGAAAAUUCGUUGCACUAUAAACCAAUAGUGCUAUAGCAGAAGAAAUUGUGUUCAGUUUAUUUUAACCCAGGGUUUCUCAAACCGUGGGUGGCAAUAGAAACUUUGUUUGAACCAAAAGUUGGACACUGGUUUGAAGUACUUUAAUCGCUAGUACUUUAAUCGCUGAAUGGAGCAACUCUCACAGAUUGGAAUGUAAUGGCAGUCGUUAGUCGCUGCACAGACCCGCCGUGCGUGAAUAAAUAGUAUCAUUUAUUGAAUAAAUAAAAUUUCGUUUGGUUU